AAUCAGCUUGAAAUGACGUUGAAAAAGAAAAGAACAUGUAAAAAGAGGCAUCCACAUCACCUGCCUUAUUAUAUAUAAACCCCUUGGAAUGACGCUUUGAUUGCACCAGUACCUUGUUCUUCCUCCUGCACUGGUUGAUAACAUGGAUGGAAAGAAGUUGGAAUACAAAGGUGAUGAUGCAUUGAAGGAAAUUGAGAAGCUUACAGAGAAGGCCGGUGAAUUUCAGGAAAGCAUAUUGAAAGAAAUUUUAGUGCAGAAUGGGCAAACUGAGUAUUUGAGCAAGUAUAUUAAGGGAUCCAAAGAUGUGAAAGAAUUUAAGUGUUGUGUUCCUGUCACUACUUACAAGGAUAUCUGUCCGUAUAUCCAAAGAAUUGCUAAUGGAGAAGACUCCUCUCUUAUUACUGGUCAUUAUAUAACUGAGAUGUUAUGCAGUUCAGGGACUUCUGCAGGAGAACCUAAAUUAAUGCCAUCAAUCGCAGGAGAUCUAGACCGCCGCACUUUUAUAUAUAACCUCGUCAUGCCAAUCAUGAACCAGCACGUCUCUGGUUUGGAUGAAGGCAAGGCUAUGCUUCUGUAUUUUGUCAAGGCAGAAAAGUCAACUCCUUGUGGCUUACCAGCUCGAACUGUGCUAACAAGUUACUACAAAAGUAAGCACUUCAAGUGCCGAACACAUGAUUUGUUCAAUGAUUUCACUAGCCCAGACCAAGCCAUAUUAUGCAAAGAUAGCAACCAGAGCAUGUACUGCCAGUUGCUAUCUGGUCUAAUUCACCGUCACCAAGUCCUAAGGAUAGGAGCCGUAUUUGCAUCAGCCUUGCUCCGAGCCAUUUCAUUCCUGGAGCGCAAUUGGGCUCACCUAUGCAAUGAUAUACGCAGCGGCCAAGUGGAUCCUAUGAUAACUGAUCAUGAAUGCCGUUCAUGUAUGUCAUUCAUACUAUCAUCACCUAAUCCUUGUCUUGCGGAUGAAAUUGCGGAAAUUUGCAGCCAUCCAUCAUGGAAGGGUAUUUUAUGUCACCUUUGGCCCCGGACAAAGUAUAUUGAAGCAGUGGUGACAGGGUCUAUGGCACAAUAUAUACCAGCCCUUGAGUACUAUAGUGAGGGGAAGUUGCCAUUGGUGUGUACCAUGUAUGCUUCUUCUGAGUGUUACUUUGGUGUUAACUUGAAACCCUUGUGUGAUCCUGCAGAUGUGGUAUUUACCCUCAUGCCUAAUAUGUGUUACUAUGAGUUUAUACCUCUGGGAGAGAAUGGAAAAUGGUUAAUGGAUGUCGCUGAGGAAGAGGUGCCUAAUGACAAGCUAGUUGAUUUGGUGCAUGUUGGACUUGGCUGUUAUUAUGAGUUGGUGAUCACCACCUUUGCAGGGCUAUAUCGUUAUCGUAUUGGUGAUGUGCUUCAAGUGACUGGAUUCCACAAUCGAGCUCCACAAUUUCGAUUCAUUUGCAGGAGAAAUGUGGUUCUCAGCAUUGACAAUGACAAAACCAAUGAGGAAGAUCUUCACAACAGCAUCACAAAAGCAAAGAAAUUACUUGAACCCUACAAUGCGCUACUUGUGGAAUACACUAGCUAUGCAGACACGUCUUCUGUACCAGGGCACUACGUAUUGUAUUGGGAAAUCCUACAUCACGCAUCUGCCACCAAGGACACUCCAAUCCCACUUGAUGCCAAGGUGCACCAAGAAUGUUGCAUUGCUGUGGAAGAAGAACUUGAUUAUGUGUAUAGGCGAUGUCGUUCCUACGACAAGUCUAUCGGACCACUGGAGAUACGCGUAGUAGAGCCUGGUACAUUCGAAGCACUGAUGGAUAUGUUCAUUGGCCAAGGGGGAUCAAUCAAUCAGUAUAAAACGCCAAGGUGCAUUAAGUCUAAUCCUGCACUUGUGUUGCUUAAUUCUCGUGUAAAGGCAUCAUUCUUUAGUCCUAGAGAUCCUAGUUGGAUCCCUUAAAAUUCUGCUAGUGCUAGUGGUUACAUGACAUCCAUGGGUUAUGGGGUGACCUGGUUCCUGAUCAUGAUGUAGGGCCACUUGUUAAUUUGUUUUUUGUGGCGUAACCUUAGCAGAAAAACUAGGACUACUAAAGUGGAGCUUAAUUAAUGGUAAUUGGAUAUUAAAAGAAAUGAACUAAGUUGUAUUGUAUGAGUGGAUAUGAUUUGCUUUUGACGAUAUUUGUGGAGAUAAGCGGCAAUUUUGUAUGGGACAAUCCAAUCAAGAAAUUAAGAAAUGGAAUGUUGUCUGGACAGAUAAUUUCCUCAAUA